GAAGUGGCGCGAUACCGUAGCUGCGGCUGUCCUGGCCCCGGCGCUCAUCCGCCGCCUUGGAAUGAACGUCAUUAAACGCCCUCCUGCCUCGUGAAAGAGAUGUCAGUGGUCCCGUUUUGCCUGAAAGCUGUGACACAAGAUGACGCCAGGGCCAGGAGGAUGUGACCUUUACGUAAGCACUUAGUUGGUCUGCUUGGGUAAAGGCGUACGGUUCUGUCGGCGAGGAGGGUCCUAAGUAUCGUACCUCGUCUCCUCAAGCAUGAUGCCGCCGACACUGCUCUGUCUGCUUAGUAUGCUCUGCUGGACGGCAGUUUCUCCGUUCUCAGAAACACCAGAGACAUGCAGGCAUCACCCGGAGGCUGCCACACUGAAGAAGUCCUGGCCGGUGCUGGCUGCCGUGAAGGUGCCCCCCAUGACCGAUGCUUCUCUGCGCCUCAGCUUAUCCCACAAGAACCACACCCACACCAACCUCACCCUCGCCUACAGAAAUAAGGUAAAUGAUGCACUGCUGGUGGAGGUGGUGGUGGAGAGCGAGGAGCUGCAAACCAAGACCAGCUUGAUGGCACUUCUCAUACCGGAAGCCUGGAGCAUCCUGAAGCUUAACCUCCACAAGACCAGAUUUACGGUGGUGGUGGUUGGCAGUAGUCACUCUUACAACUACACCAGCCGCGCCGAGGCCGAGUUCUUGCACCACCUGGUCGUCGACACCGUCUCCUCCAGCAGCGAACCGAAGCAACUCAUUGACGUUGAUCUCAUGUGUCUUUAUAGUGAGUGUUUAGAGCACGGGGAGAGUCCGGGUGAGUCUGGCAGGAGACACAGUGAGACGGAGGAGAGUUCCAGCGGCCAUGGAACGCCUGCUUGGCCCUUCUUCUUAGUGUUCUUCCUGCUUCUGAUAGUGUGUCUGCUCUUCCUAGCCUGGCGCUACCAGCACAACCAGAUCAAGCUGCGACGGCGGCUCCAGGCACAAAUUGAAGCCGCCAUGAAGAGGAACAGCGAGAGGCGGUCUCGGCGAGGAAGCUCAGUUGCCAGUGGCAGUCCGGAGGCCAGGGAAGAGGUCGAGGGAGGCAGGGUGAGCGAGAGAGUGCAGUACUCCACUAUACUAGUUAGCUACGACGGCCCCUGCACCACGGAGGACGAGCCCGCGCCUCCGCCACCUGCCCGCUCAUCCUUCAUCACCCCCAACACCAGACCAGCCUCCGUGUGGUCGUGACUAUUCUCUCACACACAUAAAUCCAUCUCCCUGGUAUUUGCCACACUGUAUUGGAAACAAUGAUCUGUUCAUUGAACAAAUCCACAAGGGCCGUGACGGGGAUUCGAACCUGCGUCCGGAAGCAUCCAAGACACUGCCUUAAUCGACUGAGCUAAUCCCGCAGGUUCGAAUCCUCGUCACGGCCCUUGUGGAUUUGUUCAUUUGAUGCAUCACGUUAGUGUGAUCUCUGUGUGUGAUCUGUUCAUUAUACAAUAUACUGUAUUGCGGUUUUGAGGAAAGUACUCAAAAUAAAGUGUUGUUUUGCUAUGUUUGUUCUCACAAAAGUGUUUGUGAAAUUCUGGCGAAGUAUAACGUGUUUAUAUCAAAAUAUGCAAAGGUAAUUAGCGACUGAAGGACGGCAUUAUUAAGUAUUGUUGAGAUAAACAAACCCGGAGACCGCCGUGGUCGGGGCCGGAGAAGAACCACCCCAGCAAGGGGCAAGAACGACCCCAGCCUCCUGUAGCAGAGCCUAGGGCCGCACGAGCCCCAGAAAGGGGGACGUCUGAGCCCCAGGAGGGGGACGUCUGAGCCCCAGGAGGGGGACGUCUGAGCCCCAGGAGGGGGACGUCUGAGCCCCAGGAGGGGAACGUCUGAGCCCCAGGAGGGGGACGUCUGAGCCCCGCACUUACCUACUGUUCCAGAGAUCGUCACAGUCCCCCCUUUCACCCGAGGCCGGAUUCCUUCAUAGCAUAAGGACUAAUAAUAAUUAAUUAAUUAUAAUAAUAAAUAUGUGUAAUAUACUUAUCUAAUAUACCAAAUAGUUAUACAUAGGAUAUAAGAACGGGAAUUAAUUAGCCACCAGAUAACAAAAUAUUAUCGUGUCCCCCUAAAAUAAUGCGCCUUGAGGUUCAUAGAAAAUUUAUAAUUUUAAGGUACACUAUAGAAUUUUUCGAACUCAAUUUAUUAAUUCGCCUUGUUUUGUCGGGGACAGGUAGCCUUUGUGCAUAUAUAUUUAGGAUUGUAUCGAGGUCCCUGGUAACUAUUGGACCACGGUAUCCAUGUUGAUACCUCUUGGUAUAUAUUCUCCUUGUGUGUAUAUUUUGGGAAGUAUUAUGGAAUGAAACAACUUAUGUAAAGUUAUUUUAUUUACAAGAUAUAUAGUUUACCUGUAUAGUAUAUUAUAUAGUAUAUAGUACAGUAUAUGAACAUUUAUAAUAUAAGGACAAUUCUUAAAAGCUUAAGAAUGCGUACAAAAUAUUUUCCAAGUCUGUGAUUUCUCCCCCGUCAGAAAAUUAGAUUUCGAUUUACUUUUCCCAUUAAAAUGCGGGAAUAUAUAUUAGAGAUAAAUAGCCUCAGAUAUUCUGUUCCGCGUUCAUAUAUCAUUUUAGUGUUUAUAUAAAGUGUUGGGAAGCCGAGUUCCCUCAGAAGACAUAUGCAACUGUAGUGAAGGUAUGAGAGCUUCCUUUUAUGUCUCAUCUGAGGAAGCUAUAGGCUUUCCAACACUUAACAUAGAAACUAAGAAGAAAUAUGAACACUGAACAGAAAUAUGAGUACUGAGAAGAUUGGAAAAGAUUGGAAACAAAUAAAUAAAGACAUGCCAGUGUGUUUACCAUUGAAUUAUUCAGAUAUUAAAGAAAUUAGACACUUAAAUUAAGGCCACAAGUCUCAUUAGGAGUUUUGGGUUAAUAUUGAUAUCUUUGGAUUAAUUUGUAUUCUUAUAUUUCGUAACAGCUGGUUUCUUCAGACACUUUGUUUACAUGGUUACCUUACAAACCUGCCCGGAACUGCGGGCUCACCAUAGUCCGUGCUACUUGGAACUUUUUGUUCCAGGUAGCGAAUCUUUAACAACAACAACCUGCCUGGAUUGCAAUGCAUGUUAUAGUGGCUUUGCAAGGAACUACUACAUAAUAACUAAUGUAUGUACUCUCACAACCUAUUAAUUGCACCUUCUUAUAUAUAAAUACACAAAUAAAACUUU